UCUCCGGCCACUAUAUAUACAUCUCCUCCAUUUUCUCCAACCUUCUCAAGAUGCAAACUUUCCACACAUUCUUUUACUAAGAACUUGUAAUUUCUCCCAGUUUUUGAUCUUUAAGCUAAAUGGGUAUUUGUAAUUCCUGUGAAUCUACCCACGUAGCUACUGCAAAGCUCAUUCUACAAGAUGGCAGGCUUGAAGAAUUCUCCUACCCUGUUAAGGUUUCUUAUGUUCUCCAAAAGAAUCCCACUUAUUUCAUCUGUAACGCAGAUGAAAUGGACUUUGACGACGUCGUUUCCGCCAUUAAUGACGACGAAGAGCUCCAACUUGGGCAGCUUUAUUUCGCUUUGCCUUUGAGUAGGUUAAAACACCCUUUGCAGCCGGAGGAAAUGGCUGCAUUGGCUGUCAAAGCUAGCUCAGCUUUGAUGAAAAGUAAUAAUAAUGGGACUGACAAAUGUGGGUGCCGCCGGAAGUCGUUGUCGCCGUUUGUGUUUUCUGGCGAGAGUGAUGGGAAAUCUGGUAGGAGAAUGACAGUCUCCGCCGCAACAGGUGCAGGCGGUAGUAGUGGCAGGCGGUUGAGGAGAGGUGGUGGGACGACAAAGUUUACUGCAAUGUUAAGUGCAAUACCUGAGUAGGGGUAGUUUAGGAAAUGCAUGAGGGGUAUGAGUGUAAAUAUCGUAAUUAUUAGGGGUUCAUUCUGGAAGGUCCUCUGUCAACUCUCGUCUCUCUUUGCUCUUGGUGAUGUGAUUAGUUGGUUUGGUACAUUACUUUUGGCUGUCACCCAUUUAAGGAUUGUAUUACAAUUUUACCCCUAAAUGAGUUGAUGAGCUAUGGGGAUAUAUUUAAAUAAUUACAGUCAUUAUUUUUCUUAUAA